AUGGCUGGGAGCUCUGUAACCGAUGAAACAACGCAAGCAUUAAGUCAGUACAAGUAUGCGGAUAUUGCCAAAAGGGAUAUCAUGAACGCUAUAAGUCAAUUUAAAGACCUAAGGCCUGAACUAGAGAGAUUUUAUUUUGGAGACGGUACAAAGAAAAAUCUUUUGAAUUUAAACGGCACUAUUCCAGUAAAUUACGAGGGAAAUGAAUACAACAUUCCAAUCAUAGUUUGGAUACUGGACACACAUCCCUAUAACUCGCCAAUGGUUUAUGUAAAACCAUACAAUAACAUGUACAUAAAAGCCAAUAGAAAUGUGGACUCAAACGGGAAUGUUAACAUACCCUAUCUGAGGGACUGGAGAUACCCCCAGUCGGACCUUCUUGGUUUAAUACAAAUCUUGAUCAAAGUGUUUGGGGAGGAACCACCGCUUUAUUCCAGCUCUGUAGCAUCACAACAGAGACAUCAAGUCCAGAGUGAACAUUUGUCG